ACAACUAAAAUGUAAUCUACGGUUAUCCUCUCAUUCCCAUUCCCCAGUGCUGUCGCUAGUCCCUAAUCAGUAUUCUCUCACACAGUUUCAGUAUAUCAAUAAUUAUGCAUUCUUCUUUAAUGUAAUACUUGAAAGGAAAUCUACCAUGAUUUAUGCAAAAUGGUCUCUUAUUCUGCUGUUUUAUUUAAAUAUUUAUUUCGUCUUCCCAGUAAGCCUGAGCGAGAUAAACAAAGGCAUUUCAGGCGGAUGCACUGAAAUGCUUGACACAUUUGCUGCGUACUCAGCAAAUUUUACGUAUUGCGCGAUUAAGAAUGCUCGUCCGAUAAGACUGUGCACCAAGUGCAACGAUUAUUACACUAUUUUAACCAUAGUUUAUUUUGAAAUUUUAAAGUACCCCGAUGUCGAUGGUGAUUGUAGGGAUGAACUGUUUAAUUUGGACAGACUCCAGGUUGUUAUUUCAGGAUAUCGUUAUGUUAUGGACUUGUGGAACAGGGCGAGCUGUGAUAGUUGUUUUAAACCAAGCUCAUUAGGAAGCUUGAGCCCUGAGCUAACGGAUACAAAUGCCGCAAUCUUUAACACAUCAAAAGCCCUCAAUGGUUGCAUCGCUAAGUACAGGAAUGAAAGUGUUUUCCCCGACAAUGUGACCUGCACUGAAUGCAAGAGCCACUACCUCAAGCUUAAUGAAUUAUACAACCAUUUGAAAGCUGACACCGGCGAGAUUGCAUAUUGUAUGGAUAUCGUGGACUUGAUUAAUACAACAAGGAUAGGAUGGUCGAAAACAUUGGGCUGCAGCAGUAUCAGAAAGAAGUCAGAGUAUAUUUUUUGGAUAAGUUCUGGGUUUUUUACUCUCCUCCCUAUUUUAUUCUAUUUUUUUAUUUACGCUUUCACCGAAAAGAAGUUCCACCCACUUAUUAACCAUAAUCAUUGGCAACAGGAAGAAGAAAGACAGGAGCAAACAUGAAACAGGAACAAAAUUAUUGUCUAUAGCUAAUAUUGAUUAUAUUAUUUAUUGAUUCUUUAAUAAA